AAAGAGGCUUGUCCUGCAGCAGCGCCAGCCUGCACUCACACUGCUUCUGUGCUACAGAGAGACGAUGUGUGUUCAGCUAGUUUAGACAAGGCACAGUAGCGAGAUUUAUCAGAAACUAGCAGACAGCACAGCACAGCAUCGUCCCCACCUAGAGGGAGCGUCUUGUUUUGGGUCUACACAGUUCACCUAGAACGGAGUUAGCCAUUUUGCUAAGCAGCUAAACCGCCAUCGUAUUAAGGUUGCUUUAUAGACACACAGCAGGCUAGCCGCAGACACCAGCGCAGAGGAAAUGAAGGACAAACAAAAGAGAAAGAAGGAGAGGACCUGGGCUGAGGCAGCCCGAAUGGUUUUGGAGAACUUCUCUGAUGCACCCAUGACUCCCAAACAAAUCCUCCAUGUCAUCCAGACCAAGGGGCUGAAGGAGAUGCGGAGUGGGACAGCCCCUUUGGCCUGUCUGGUCACUAUGCUGCACUCCCAGGUGAGGGGAGACCGAGUCAAGAACAGCAUCUUCUUCAAGCUGCCGGGACGGAUGAGCCUCUUCACCCUAAAGAAGAACGCCCUCCAGUGGACAAAGACAACAUCAGAGUCAGAGCCAACUGAUCCAGCCAGCAGCACAGGACCAGCUUCCUGCAGCGGCACCUCUGCAGCAGGUACAGGGGCCACAGUCGGACCCAAUGAAGCCACUGGGCAGGAAAGCUGCGACUCCACAGAGACCACCGCUGCUGCCAGUGGAGACAAUGACGCCUCGGUGGACGAGAGCUCGUCCAGCGCCUCCUGCUCCGCAGAAGUGCCGGCUGUCAGCUCCCAACCCCAGACCCGCCUCAGCAGGGCGGCAGGACAGCAAGCACGCAUAGACUCACAGCAGGCCCAACAUGCCCCACACACCCAGACCAGACUGAGCCGCUCCAGACAGUCAGGGAGGCAGAGGAAGAAAGCAGUCAUGAUGCCUCGUGUUGUCCUCACCCCUCUUAAAGUGAAUGGAGAGCAUGUUCCCUCAGGUCCCAUUAAGAGGAGUCGGGGAGGGGUGGAUGUGGAUUUUGAAACACCAGGCUCAAUCCUGGUGAACACCAACAUCAGAGCCCUCAUCAAUGUGCGUACCUUCGCAGCCUUCCCCGUACCCUCGCAGCAGCAGCUGCUGCAGCUGCUUCCUGAGGUUGAUAGACAGAUUGGACCAGAUGGUAUGGCCCGACUGAGUAGCUCAGCUCUCAACAAUGAGUUCUUCACCCAUGCCUCCCAGAGCUGGAAAGAAAGACUGGCAGAGGGUGAGUUCACCCACGAGAUGCAGGUGCGUUUUCGGCAGGAAAUGGAGAAAGAGAAGAAAGUAGAGGCAUGGAAGGAAAAGUUUUUUGAAGAGUACCACGGGCAAAAGUCUGGCCUGACACAAGAAGAGUCCCUGAAGCUCACCAUGAGUGAAGCCGGUGAAGCUGCCGCGGGGGUGCUGGACACUGAUGUGGCUGCGGUGCCAGCCGGGGCCCCCAAGAGACGCAGUGUGGGUCGGCGAAGGAGAGAUGGUAGAAUGAGGAGACGCACUCGAGCUGACCUGCGUCGGAGGGCCCGUCGGACACUCUGCAAGGCCACUCCCCCUGCCCUGCAAUCUGCAGAGUCCGCUGAGCCCAGCCCUGAACCAGACCUCCCGGCAGAUUCUGUUGGCUCUCCCUUGUCCGACAACACGGUCAUCCAAGGGGAGGUGGUGCUGCAGGCUGAGUGCGGUGUGGAGCUCCCUGCUGAGAGUUCUUCCAUAGAGACAAAGACCGCUCCCACUCCAGAGCCAGUCAUAUUGUCAACCUCCACUCCAACCCCCACUCCCAGCCCCACCCCCACCCCCAGCCCCACUCCCAGCCCCACUCCCAGCCCAGCCUCCACCAGCGCAAACGAGGAGCCUGAAGCUGCGUCCCGCCUGCUCCCAGAGGAGACUGCGCCUAUACUGGCUUCUACCUCCUCACCUUCCUCGUCCUCCUCCUCUUCUUCGUCGUCAGCCUCUUCGCCUGUCUCCUCUCCAUCUUCACCUUCUGAAACACAGGGAGCCUUCGCCACCGGCCUGGACUCUUCCUCCUCCUCCUCCUCAGCAUCCUCCAGUGCUGCAGUCGCAGUCGAUGCUUUGGAUGACACCGCCUCUGCCGUCACCUCCGUCACAGGGGGGACGGCCACCAGCAGCCGUGAGAGCAGCCCGUCAGCCAGCCCAGCCCCCACCCCUGCACCCAGCGCUCAGCUCAAGGAACAAAAGAGAAGGCCCGAGGAGGCUCAGGCCUUCUCCAGCUUCCCCGAAAAAAGGCCGCGGAUUGAGGACCGUCAGUCCUUUCGUACCACAAUUGACGGUGUCCGCACGGAGAAGCCGCAGCAGACAACAGAAGAGCCCAAGGUGCCGCCUAUCCGGAUUCAACUCUCCAGAAUCAAACCCCCCUGGGUCAAAGGUCACCCAACCUACCAGAUCUGUCCCCGCAUCGUGCCCCCCGGCGAGGGCGCGCGGCGGACGGGGACGGGGGGCGCGCGCACCCUGGCGGACAUCAAAGCCAGGGCCCAGCAAGCCCGGGCCCAGCGGGAGGCCGCUGCUGCUGUUGCAGCCACUAGCGACGGGCCAGGGCCGGGGGUCCGGCUGCGGCCUGCUGCUGGGCUACCGGAUUGCAGCAAUGGACGACGAGCGAGAGAGCAUCCAGGACCUAUCGAGCCCGGAGGAGGAGGAGGAGGAGGAGGAGGAAGAGGAGGAGGAAGUGGAAGAAGGGGAGGUGGUGGGGUGGAGGAGCAGGGAUCGUCUUCAGGCACUCAUACGUCUGGAACACAACUACAGCUUCACAAGGUAGAGCCCAAGCCCCAGCCCUCUCCUUCUCUGUCCACUACAUCAACCUCCAUGUCUUCAGAGGCCCCACAGACCCCAAGCUCUCCCCAAGAGGAGGCAGCUGGAGGGCCGGACACUGGAGAGGAUGUAGAAGCAUCAUCCACUUCUGUCCUGAAUUCCUCUUACAGUCCUGAAGACAAGGCCGCUGACUCCCCCUCUCCAAAGCCUGAGGUGACAGAGUCCCCUGCUGCCCUCUCAGAGAUGGCUGAACAUGGUUCUAAAAAACCCCCACUGGCCCCAACCUCCAUCCCAGAUUCUCUUCCUAGGUUCGGAGCUCAGGGUGUGGAUGUCAUACAGACGCUGGCCAGCUCCUCCCGGCCCAAAGAUCUGGUACAGUUGAAGGAGUCUGGACUAGGCGGUGUAAUCCAGCAUGGUUCCCACCAUGUGGAGCACCAGGAUGUGUUCUCCCCCUCCGCUGCCGGGAGGCGGCUAACAGCUCAUUCCUCUGGUAGAGAGAAAGAGUAUGAGGCUGGGACACACAGUGACUCCACGGAAACGGCCUCAGACUGUGAGAAUGACCUUCAGGAGGAUGAGCAGCAGCCUGACGGGGACUGGGGCCCCCCACUGAGCAUCCAGAGAAACGGCCAGCUGGUCAUCUACAGCCCUCCCUCUAAGAACCAGCAGCCGGUCAUCCAGGCCCACGUGUCCAGCCGCCAGGGUCAGACUGUCAUCCAGCCGUGCUUCCCCAACGGCCUGCCUCACCCUCAGCAUGGCAGCCCCCGCUCCCAGGACUACCAGUCUCUCCCCACAGCCCACCAGCAGGGGCUAGGAGAUGGCGUUGUGAUCAAACUUGAGUCUGGAGAUGAGUGCAGGGCCUCCAGACCGAGUUCCACUGAAGAGGAGUGUCGGGAAGUUGUGAAGCCCUCUGCUGCCUCCAGGAGGAUGGCCAGCUCAGCCAGAGUCUCCAGUGUGGAGGCCAACAAUCCUCUGGUGACCCAGCUACUGCAGGGCAGUCUGUCCCUGGAGAAGGUUCUACCCUCACACUCUGCCAACAGGCUGGAGAUCAGCCGACUGCCAGGAUCCCAACUCCCACCUGCAGGGGCACGGACCCCAGGGCUUCCAUUCCCGUCUCCUAGCCCUGAACUGAACGCAGCGUCUCAGAGCCACAACAAGCCCCCUCCAGGUCGCCCAGUCUCCUGUCUGAUUGAGACACCAGCAGGGCAGCACCAGGCUCCGCAGGCCCCGGGGGCUGUCCCGGUCAUCACCUCUCUGCCCCCCUCCUCAACCUCCAGCUCUUUGUCCUCUAGGAGUAAGUCAGACCCUGAGACUGCUGGGGAGUCUGUGGUUAUAAGAGACUCUCAUGGCCGUCAUCCCUCACAGGGGGUCACUCCAGACAGGCCCCAGCCAGCCUACAGAACCACGCCUAAUGGCCCCUCUCCUCCCCAUGCAGACCCAUGUCCCACAGAGGUGGUGCCUACCAUCAAGAUUAACUGGCGGCCCCCACAGUCUCAGUCUCCUGCCUCCAGCAUAAAGAAUGAAGUGGGUGCACGGCCCGCAUGUCAGGCUCUCUCCAAAUCCUCCCCCAUCAAACCCAUGAGUGUUACCAAAAAAGAGCCCGGGAGCUCUAUGGACGGCUACCUGAGCGGGGGGGCAAUGGAGGGACUCCUCAACAUGGAGAUGACUUUAGCACGGAUGGCAAAGAAAGAGCACAGCAAGGCGAGCUACUCCUCUGGCUCUCCCUCUUCCUCCUCCUCCUCCUCCUCCCCCUCCUCUACUGCCUCCACCCUUCCCUUCCAGCUCUAUGGGAAGCUCCCCAAGCACGGUGGUGGAGUCAGCUACACAGCCAAUGUUUCAGUGAUGGACAGCGGUUUUUCGCGCAGCAUGGCGGACAGUGUCUUGCACCUGCGCCCCCGCCAGACCACCCUCAGCAUCCAGGCCUUCACUGACAGUACGGCAGAGGAGGUGGCGCUCAAGUGCUCGUGCCGCCUCAAAGCCAUGAUCAUGUGCCAGGGCUGCGGUGCCUUCUGCCAUGACGACUGCAUCGGGCCCUCCAAACUGUGCGUGUCGUGUCUGGUGGUCAGAUAGUGUGUGUGUGUGUGUGUGUGUGUGUGUGCGUGUGUGUGUGUGUGUGUGUGUGUGUGUGUGUGUGUGUGUGUGUGUGCUCGGUGUACAGGACAGGAGGAGCUUGGUGGCAGGAGGAGCCUUGUAUUAUAGAAUUGGUCUGUAUUUUUCGUUGUUUAAGAUUUUCAGAUUUUUUUUAGCUGUACUUAUAUAUUAUUAUUAUUAUUAUUGUUGUUGUUGUUGUUGUUAUUAUUAAUAUUAUUAUCAUUAUUGUGAAUUUGAGGCAUGGUUGAUUGUAAAUUGUGCCUUUUUUUUGUUUUCUCUCCUCAAAAACAUUUACCUCAUCUUAUCUUGCUACACCUUUCAUCAAUUGGUGGUCAUCAUUGUUUGGUCCCUUGUUUCCUCACGGACGAGGACCUGUUGUUGUCUUUGCGCAAAGAAAUAUUUUUUUAAACCAUUAAAAUGAGUAAAUAAAAUUGUUUUGCUGGUUGCA